AUUUCCGGUUGACCCCGGAUGAGCGUCCCCGUCCCGCGGCGGGGAGGGGCCCGGCCGCUCCCGUCUCUCUCCCCCCUCCCCCGGCCCUUUAGGGGGGCGAUGAUGUCAGCGCCUGAGCCGAGACCUCCCAGCCGGAAGCGGAAGUAGCGGCGGGGUCACGUGGGGCUCCCCCCCCCUCCCCACCUGACCUCAACCGCCAGCCCGGCGCGAGCCGGCUUCUACCCGUCGCGGCGCGAGGCUUCCCCCGCCCCCCUCCCCCCUCCAGGGGCGGGGCCGUUACGGUCCCGUCCGGCGCGAGGCUCCUGCCCCCUUCCGCCUCCCCCGCCCCCCGCGGAGCCGGCCGGGGGCCGGGAUGGCGGCGGCGGCGGCGGCGGGGGGCGGGGCCCGGGAGGAGGAGGAGGAGCGGGAGGUGGUGCGGGUCCGGGUCAAGAAGCGCGAGGGGUUCCUGCAGCCCGAGUUCCGCACCUUUGCCGUCGAUCCCCAGAUCACCUCCCUGGAUGUCCUACAGCACAUCCUCAUCCGCGCCUUCGACCUCAACGGGAAGAAGAACUUCGGGAUCAGCUACCUGGGCCAGGAGAAGCAGGGCCAGGAGACGUACCUGUCGCUGCUGUCGGACUGGGACCUGGCCACGGCCUUCACCAGCGCCUCCAAGCCCUACCUGCAGCUCCUUGUAGACAUCAAGCCUUCGGAAGACAGCCCCCUGCUGGAGGACUGGGACAUCAUCAGCCCCAAAGACGUCAUCAGCACUGAUCUGUUGCUGGUGGAGAAGCGGUCCCUGGCGGCGGCUGCCCUGCCUUUCACCCAGUCCAUCAUCUCCCAGGUGGGCCGGACGCUGUCGAAGGUCCAGCAGGCUCUUAGCUGGUCCUACGGGGAGGACGUGAAGCCAUUCAAACCGCCGCUGAGCGACUCCGAGUUCCACACCUACCUGAACCACGAGGGGCAGCUGAGUCGGCCGGAGGAGCUGCGGCUGCGCAUCUACCACGGCGGCGUGGAGCCCUCGCUGCGGAAAGUGGUGUGGCGCUACCUGCUGAAUGUCUACCCGGACGGGCUGACAGGCCAGGAGCGCAUGAAUUACAUGAAGCACAAGACGCGGGAGUACGACCAGCUGAAGGGCCAGUGGGCGGAGCGGGCCAGCCCCGAAGACCUGGACUUCAUCCGCAGCAACGUCCUCAAGGACGUUCUCCGCACAGACCGCACCCACCCCUACUACGCCGGCUCGGAGGACAACCCGCACCUGACCGCCCUUCACGACCUGCUGACCACCUACGCCGUCACCCACCCGCAGAUCUCCUACUGCCAGGGCAUGAGUGACAUCGCCUCACCCAUCCUGGCCGUCAUGGACAACGAGGCCCACGCCUUCAUCUGCUUCUGCGGCAUCAUGAAACGCCUGGAAGGCAACUUCCAGGUGGACGGCGAGGUGAUGUCCCUCAAGUUCUCCCACCUCAAGCUCCUCCUCCAGUACUCGGAUCCCGAGUUCUACGCCUACCUCCUCUCCCGGGGCGCUGACGACUUCUUCUUCUGCUACCGCUGGCUGCUGCUGGAGCUGAAACGGGAGUUUGCCUUUGAGGAUGCCUUGCGGAUGCUGGAGAUAACCUGGAGCUCCUUGCCGCCAGACCCUCCGGAGAAGGAGGUGGAGCUAGUGGGGCCGCCGGCCAGGCUUAGCGAGAGCGGCCAGCCUGUCCGCCAACGCCACAUGCUGCGGCCCACCUGUAGCUUCGAAGCGACUGGGGACCAGCCUUGCUUGGAGGAGCCUGGAGCCCUGCCUUGUCUGGAGCAGAAGACCUUAUUGAAGCAAUCCAGCUUUGGAGAAUUCAAGUACUACAGCGCUCUUGAGGACAGCUCCGAGGAAGAGCCUUCACUUAGAUCCCAGCGCUCGAUGGGGGAAGAAGAGGACUUCUGCAGUGAGCAGGACCCUUUGCUCCAACUACCAGCCAUGACCAAGUCUUUCUCCGCCCCAUCCCUCCGGCCCCUGACCCCACCCACACCCUCCCAAGACUCCACCUCCUCCCCCUCACUCCUCCCCGGCAGUGAGAAGAACGAGAGCCUGCCGGAGGAGAAGGGAGAUUUGUCAGGUGACACGCCAUCCUCCCCUCCCAGCAGCCCCCUCCCCGUCGCCCCAUCCCCUGCCGCGGUGAGCUUGCCUCCACCGCAGGAGUUCGGCAAAGGCAACCCCUUCAUGCUCUUCCUCUGCCUGGCCAUCCUGCUGGAGCACCGGGACCACAUCAUGAAGAACAACAUGGACUACAAUGAGCUGGCCAUGCACUUCGACCGCCUGGUGCGCCGGCACAAUCUGGCCAAGGUGCUUCACCGGGCCAAAGCCCUCUUCGCUGACUACCUGCAGUCCGAGGUCUGGGACUCCGAGGAGGGGGACGAGGCGGCUGCAGAGUCCCCAGCCGUCUCGUGACACCCACCCCUCCCCCGGGGAUCGGAUCCCCCCACAACUGUCCCGCCACUCUCUGCUCCAGUGGCCUCCUUGAGACCCGUCACAGGUCAACCAGGAGGGACUCCUUGCUCUGGAUCCUCUCUGUUUCCCCCUGGAUCUAAUGAUCUCCUUGGAAGAGCCUUCAUGGACCAACCAGGAUCUCUCCCUGCUGUGAGAUCCCUUCCAUCCAUCCCCCUGCAGAUCUAGUGAUCUCCCUGGAACAUUCUUCAUGCACCAACCAGGAUCUGCCCUUUCCACUGGCAUCCUCUCUAAUUUCAAUUAUCUCCUUGGAAGAUCUAUCAGAGACCAAAAGAAUAUCUCCCUCCCUGUUAGAUCCCCUACAAACCCCCCCUUCCCUCCCCAGAUUUAAUGAUCUCCUUGGAAGAUCCUUCAUGGACCUACCAGGAUCUGGCCUUCCCAGUGGGAUCCCCUCCAACCAUCCCCUUUUGACUCUGGUGAUCUUUUUGGAGGAUCCAUCCCCUUGGAAGAUCCUUCAGAGACCCAACCAGGAUCGGCCACUCGGACUCCUGUGCCUUUUUCUUUUAUGUGCAUUAGUGGAUCCGGGUUUGGGUUUCCUUCCCCGCUGUGGCCGCAGCCUCUGACGGCGUCGCUGCCCAAAGCUGGGGAGCACUCCCACUUCCCCUCCCCAGAUACUCAGAUACUACGUCGAGCGCGAAGACUCUUGACCGCUGGGAUGUUUAUAUGCUCUUUUCUGUUCUGCUUUGGAUCCUCUUUUCACUGACCCAGAACCAGUUGCCCAGUCGUUGUAUAUUUCCUCCUCCAAUGAAGAGAUCCAGUGGAAUUUAUUUCAUGCUUUGGAGGAAGACCAGACGUCCGCUCCCAUGAUGCAAAGGGACAAGAAUCUGGCAUCCUAGUAGCUCAAACAACAUGUGAUCUCUGCUGGCUUGCCAUUUUCAUUCAUUAGCCGUUUCCCUGGGCAAACGGAUCCCAGUGGCUCCCCAGAUUUGCUUGGAUGUAAAACUAACCAGAGAUCUUGGAUCAGCCGAGCCUUUCAGUUCCUGGUUUUAACGAGAGAGCAGCUGUUGACAGGAUAGAGGCAAGACCUGCCCGCAUGGGGAUUGGCUUCUGGGGCAGGAUCCGUAUCGGUGGGGAGAGGGGCAGGGUGGAGGGUCCGCAAACUAAACCAUUUCUGUUGAUUGCUAUGCGUUAGCGUCCCUGCGGCGGGUUGGCUCUGCCGUGCGCAGAAGCCACGUCUCUUGACAGUCCUCAGCAGGACACGAGAUCUGCUGAUGGACUGUCCAGAAGCAGGUUCUGAUCUCAGCUGGGCCGACAUCAGUCUGGAGCUUCUCUGGACGCUGCCGAGAUCGGAGUCUUCCUCAUUUCUAUGACACGGGCUCGGAAGCGGAUCAGGGAAUUUCUCCUGCUGACGAAGGCGUCUUCCGAACAAUCCUCUUUUCCCUUCGCCCGGAGGAGAGCAGGGUGAUCAGCUGGGAUCCAGCCCCUGAUGCCUUUUUGGUUCAGUGGCAUCCUUCUGCUUUGGCCUUAUCUUCGUUCAGAGACCCACCCCCUACAUCAGCGUCUGUGUUGGAUUGCCUGGCUCAAGACAGCUACGGAUAUUUUCCCCCUCCAGAUACCUGUCCCUCCCUAUUGUCCCAGAUCCGGGCUCUUUGUACGAAUUCUGAUAUGAAUCCCUUAAUGCAGCCACGUGGGGGUUAGAGUCUCUAAGGCAGACGAAGCAGAGAGCUGGCUGUGCUGUGGCAGAGAAGGGGAUUUACUGUAGGUCCUACUGGAAAAAUAGACAUCAAAGCUUUGAAAGGGGAAACACGUGCCUGCUCCAGUCCCUGUAGGGAAGCAGCCUGGCCACUAGGGGUCACUGAUAUCUCAACAUACCGCUGGGCUUUGCAGAUCUGAGUUCCUUACCCCAGGAAGGCUCUGGGUUGUGAGAUAUCCCAGGAUCUAGGCAGGGAUGGGGAGAGGAACCGGACAUCCCCGUGGUGUCAGUUCGGGGGGAUCUUCCUGGUGAUCUGUGGGAUCGCCAGAGAGUUGGUACAUAGCUCUGUUGCUGGAGGGACCGACAGGCAGAGGCCGGAUUGGCAGGAAUCUCUGUGGGGGUGUGUCCGGCAUGCGGAAGGUCCCGAUCUUGGGUGUGGACGGAGAUUGGCCUGCCCAGAACCUGCACUAGUGGGGCCCCUGUCCCCCACCCAGAGCUCCUCCGAACCUUCCCCCCCUCCCCCAAACUUGCCAUGCCUGGGGAGGGAGAUUGAUUAGGACUCGGGUUGUAACUGAUCAUCUGUGGCAGCAAAUGAUGCUUAUCUGGGCUGAUGGAGUAGGCUGAUGCACAGGGGGCUGUCAGCCGGGGGGGCACAGACAGGGGGGACUGGCUCUUCCCACCAGGUUAACGUCCAUGUCAAUUACAACCCACAGCUAGUGAAUUCUAGAGGUCCUGCCCUAGUCAGUGUCACACCCCUGGGCUGGCCCAGCUGUAACUGACUAGCCACAGGAGCAGUCUUGUGGCCCUGGGCUCGCCAGCGUCCCAUUAGGUCCGACUGGCCCCAGAGCUCUGUGGAUCGAGACUUGAGUGGCCCCUGCUAAUGGCCAUUUGUUUCUGGGCCACUUGUCUCCUUGAGAUCAAGGUUGGAUGGCUUGAAUCCCUGGCGCUCGCCCUUUAUUGCACUCGACGAGAUUUUAAAAUUUGACCCAUGUUGGUAUCUUCUCGCCUUUGGUUACCUCCAAAAAGCAAUGGCUUUAAAACACCACAUUCUUCCUUGCUCUGUGGGCCCUUCCCUCAUCCUGGCAGGGAGCCGGACGCACUGACAGGGAAGGGAGCCAGCUGGGCUCUAACCUGGAUCGCACAUCGGCCAAAUCUUAAAAUCAGGUUCCAGAUCUUCCAGCGGGAGCGAGGGGCAGGGGUUAGAGGCUAUAGGGCUGCUAGGCGCAGUAAGGCUCUGCCCAGGGGGUCGCUCCUCAGAUCCAGGGGCCUUUGCCCCCCCAUCUGUUGUUGGCCCCAGCGUCUUCCCGACGCAGGGAAGGUGCCUGACUCCGGUGUCCAGCAGAAUGGAUGCAGCGCCUGCAGCCCAUUGCAGGAGAGUGCGAUGGGCUGACCCCAGUGGGUGGCAUGCUCCUUGAUAGCCCAUCGGGGGUGGUAGCGAUCACUCAUCCACCCUUCCUGCACCCCCCCGGGGCAGCCCCACAAUGGCUUAGCCCCGAACAAACACACACAAAGCCCUGCCCUGCUACUUUUGGGGCUAGAUCAGAACCGCCCCAGCGGGAUGCUUCCUCCAGAGCUCCCAGCCUGAGGAAACAAGCCGCCGGUGUGUCUCCAGCAACUCCGGUUAUUUGUGCCGCUUCCUUUGAACGGCCAGGGGGUUCUGGACUUCACCACCGGAGGAGGGUCAAAUUUGAAUCUCAUGGACACUCGCGUCCUUAAAACGCCUCCAUCCCUAUUGCCAAGAUUAGGAUCUUCUGAUCGCAGACAAGAAAUAGGGAGUGUCUUUUCCAAACCUGGCCAGAAACCGAGCCCUCGGCAUCUGUUCCCAGCCGUUCCCGGCAAGAGUGAGCAAGGCUUGGCAGGAUCGCUCAUCACCUUCCAUUUUGUCUUUCCCCACCCUCUCCUUGCUCUGGAUUUAAAUGAUGCAAACCCCCAGCAGGGGAUCCAAAGUUACUAUCUGACUUGCCCAUUAACCUGCUAAUCUGAAAGGGUGCAGGGAGGAACAAUGUUUUCCUCUGUGAGUUAGAAAGUGUUCAAAGACCAGAUCUCCAAGUGAGGAAGUCAACAACCUGACGCUGAUUUCCACCAGCUGAGGAUCCGGGGCCUAUUCUUGUGUCUAGUCCAUUGCAUUUUUGCAUGUAGUCAGUUUCAGCCUCAGACUGAAAUACAGUUCGGCUUGCAAGUAGUUCCACCCUACCCCUCGGGGCUCAAAUCGCUCUAGGCUGGGCUUGCAGAUCCAGCAUCUAUUUGCCGGAUGAGAGGCUAGAUUUGGGGUGUUCUUUUGUAAACAGGAAAUUGGGGUUGUGAAACUGCAAAGAAUGAUUACUGUGACUGACGCUGGGGUAACUGCUUUGGGCUUGAUUGGAAACUGAGCCGAUUCUGAUUUGCCUCUAAUCAAAGGGGAUUAAUCUUAGCAGCAACACCAAGAGGGGGUGCUUGCUCUUGGAGGAAGAUUUUUGCCGAAGAGGUCAGGAGGGGCAGGUUGCUACCAUCUCGGGCCCAGGCCCUGGAAGGUAUUCAGGUGCUAAGCUCAAUACCAAAAUCAGAACCAGCAUGUCUAAAGGUCUCCAAGUCUAAAUAAGAGCUAGAUUUUCCCCAGAGAUCAACACCCGACCUGCUCAGCUCUCUGGAGAAAUUGCAGCUCUUUAAACUUUGCCUUUGAUGCAUCAAAAAAAAAAAAAAGUCUUUAAAUCUCCUAUAUGCUCAAAGGAAGUUAGUUGUCUUUGAGUCUCCGCCAACGGCCGAGGCUCCAGGGGCAGGCUCGGCGUGCCGUUCCAUUCCACUUGGAAUCUUCCAUCAUAUGUUUCCCUGGAUUUAAAUGACAUUAAGGACUGCAGGUGGGAAUUUUCGAAUCCGGAUCAAGCUGCGCUUUGCCUGAAAGCUGGUUCUUUUACAUCCCUGGGGCUGCCUUUCAAUCUGGAUCAACUGGGCUCGGGUGAAAGCUACGAAGCCAUUUCUGGCAGUUUCAGCUGGGAGACUGCCAAGGCUGUUGGUUUCUUGGGAGCGACGGGGAAUAGUUUUUACCAAGUGACUGAAAGACACCCUAACACCCACUCCUGUCUCCCCCAAAUCCAUUGGGUUGUAACUGGUGAUGGCUUUAUAUUCUCUGGCACCUGGGAUAGUUUUAUCCUAUUUAGGCAUCGUCCUGAGACAUUUUCCAAACCCAGGCUGAGAUCUCCUGUUUGUUUGUGGGUCUCCAGAUGCCAACGUUUCCCCCAGAUCUUGUUUCUUCUCACACAUUGGAUUCACCUUGCCUAAAACCUGGUACAUCUCCUUUGGAAACUGGGCCAAAUUCAUCUUAGAGAGAGGGAGGUUGGUUUGGUUUGAAAACACCCUGUGCUUAGUAGGAAACACAGCUGCUGUAAAGUCUUUGCUCCACCAAAGUCAAUAGAAUUAGGACUGUUUGUGUUCUGACUGUCGGCUCAGAGACGGCCAGAGGGAAUCGGGCCCGAUCUGUUUUUCUACUCCCCUCGGUUAGGUUGCUGACACUUGAGAUCGUUAAACCUGAAGGAAUUUUGAAUUGAUCCAGUUUCCAUGAAGUGGUAUUUCUCUUUGGGCCAACAGGUCCUGGUUAAUUUCACUCCUUUGCCUAGACAGUUUCACCUGCUGACCUGGCAAACUUCCGGGCAAAAAUCCCCAUUUUAAAAAUCAAUCCAAGGAAAUGUUGAUUUUUUUUUUUUCUUUAAAAAUCCUUGGGGAUCUCAGUACUUAACCUCUGAGACAGAUCCUAGCGCCCCAUGUGCUGGGAAAUCAGAUCUCCAGGUAUUUUGCAGUGGGUGUUCAAAUUAGCAGCUGGAAAUCUCAUCUGUCAUUAACUGCAGGAUGAUGUGAGCCACCCAACUCAUCAGAGCCCCCCUCCCUUUCGCAAUCUGACUGAUUUUUUGAACUGGAUCAACCCCAAAUUCUUUAGUGAAGCUUCCAAAAAUUCCAGCCGUGUUUGCGGCCCCGCUGUGCUGUGACAGUGUUGUUAUCGUAGGGCCUAAUGUAUCUUUGGGAGGUAAUCAAAGUCCUUCCGCUUCCUGGCUUUGUGAGCGGGGCCCUGUCCAAACUCCAGGUCUGCUGCUGAAAUCCAGUUGCCUGUUUGAUCUCUGUGAGAGAAGGGCUUUGUAGAUGAGAAGCAGAAGCCAAUGGUGCUGAGUUGUGAAUAUUAUUUUUGGUAUUCAGCCUUUCCUUAUUUUGUGCUGCUUUAUUUGUUUUGCCAACCUUCUGUGCUGUUAAGUUUAUUUACCCAGCCAGGCUGUUUAAACAGGACAAUGGUUUUGAAACAAAGGUGAAACUCACACGGGUGGUGCUGAAAUUGACCAGCUGGAGUCUUCUCACAGGCUUUGCUUAUUUCAGGCCCCUGCGGGGCAAAGAUCUGUGACCCCUUUGAAAAAGAGAAGCAGCCCUUGCCCCAGAAAUUGACUGAGCAACUUUUCCUGGCUAUGGACUCUCUAAAAAUUGCAGUGGAUUCUGGGAGGAAGGCUGGGGGAGCCGCCAAGGGAGUGGAUGCAGCCAGUUAAUAACGCUGCCUUAGGUGGAUCAAGGCGUCGCUUUCAACACCCGCGUGCCAGGACAGAAAUCCAGACGGCCACGCCUCCAAAUGCGGCUGGCAAGCUCCGUCCGAGAGCAAGGACUGUGCGUGGCUGGCACGGGGCAAGUGGAUUGUGCGCCUCCCCCCACCAGCCAACCGUGGCUAUUCUGGAUUCCUCUGGGUGAAAGCCCGAGGCGUUGGAUUCUGCUACCGUUAAAGGCCAAGCUCCUGGAUCUCUUCCCCCUUCAGGCUGCCAGUAAUUCGAUCUAUUUCUGCCUCCUAAGCAGCUGGGCCUGACCCUUAUUCUCUAACCGACCAAGGAACCACAUAGAGCUAAAGCCGUGGCAGAGGGCGGCCGGGACAUUGGUGUAGUGACAAGGGGACCCGUCCCUGGUCAGGCUGGGUUUCUAGCCUCCGGUGCAGCCCAGCUGUUCCAUCCCCUGUAUAUAUUCUCUGUACAGUUGGCGACCCUAAUAUGUUCCUAAACCCCCGCGCCCAAAGCCGGGCUUGGCGAAGGGGGUCCCGCUCGGGCAUUUGAGUGAAUGUGCUACAGGAAUGAAAGUGGAAAUAAAAGGAGGAAAAAGUGGAUGGUUGUGGCCGGGUUUGUUCAUGGGCAGGGAAAAGAGAGAGGAGGGAGGCCCCAGGAAGUAUCCCGGAGUCCUGGCUUCCAGCCCCCUCCUUCCCCUGCUCUAACGUACCAGACUCCCCUCCCCUAGCUGGGGAGGGAACCCAGGAGUCCUGGCUCUCACCU